UGCCAUCUCUGGUUUUUCUGUUCGACGCGACGAGCAAAACGUGCUACUUUUUUCUAGCAGGCCGAUUUUAAAUAUUAAAAAAAAAACGUAAAAAUGGGCGUACAAGUUGUUCCAAUUUCCCCCGGCGAUGGUAGCACCUUCCCAAAGAACGGCCAGAAAGUUUCAGUGCAUUACACUGGCACAUUGGACGAUGGCACCAAGUUCGAUUCAUCUCGGGACCGCAACAAGCCUUUCAAGUUCACCAUUGGCAAGGGUGAGGUUAUUCGCGGCUGGGAUGAGGGCGUUGCUCAGCUGAGCGUUGGCCAGCGGGCCAAGUUGAUCUGCUCACCUGACUACGCCUAUGGCAGCCGUGGCCAUCCAGGUGUCAUUCCUCCCAAUUCUACCUUGACUUUCGACGUUGAAUUGCUCAAGGUCGAAUAAAGUGUUCGAAUGCAGCAAACAGCCGAAGACCCUGCCUGUGUGUGUGUGUGUUUCCAUGUGUAAGCACUGUUAUACACACACACACACUUGCACUCGUACACAUCAACAAGAACCUGGCGCGCGCUCCGGCAGUGGCAACAGAACCAAACAAGAACAAUCCAACAGCAUUUUAAUUAUAUUCAAAACGAAAAAGAAAUGAAUGAAAGAUGAAAUUAGACUUAAUUACCAAGCACACACAGAUCAUUGAAAAAGGCAAACGCAAUUACAAAUAAAGAUUUAUUCAAGUGAAAUUA